GAAAUCCCAUCAGCCAAUCCGUGCGGGUAUUCGAUUGGCUGGUAUUUGGUCGGGCCAUUCCAACUCGUCGACGAUGCCGAAAGAGAAGAAGGUGAAGCGCCGCCACCACACGACGACCGCGGAAGCUGCAGGCGCCAGCCAAAACUCGCGAGGGAGGACGCUUGCCACUCCCAACACGGACUUGGGCCAGCAUUUCUUGAAGAACCCUGCGAUUGCCGCGGAAAUUGUCGCCAAGGCUGCCAUCCGCAGCACCGACAUUUGUCUCGAAGUUGGGCCCGGGACAGGGAACAUCACGAUGAAGCUCCUUGAGCAAGCGAAGAAAGUCAUUGCCGUCGAAUUCGACCCUCGAAUGAUUGCGGAAGUGCAAAAGCGUGUGCAAAACACCGAGCACGCCCAGCGCCUUCACAUCAUCCAUGGCGACGCCAUCAAGGUCCAGCUGCCCUUCUUUGACGUGUGCGUCGCCAACUUGCCGUACCAAAUCUCGUCGCCCUUUGUCUUCAAGCUGCUUUCACAUCGCCCCAUGUUCCGAUGCGCCGUUGUCAUGUUCCAAGAAGAGUUUGCCAAACGUCUCAGCGCCAGGCCUGGAGACGAAUUGUACUGCCGAUUGUCUGUGAACACGCAGUUGCUGGCCAAGGUGGAUCAGUUGCUCAAGGUUGGCCGCAGCAACUUUCGACCGCCGCCCAAAGUCGAGUCCCGCGUCGUGCGCAUUGAGCCAAAGAACCCGCCGCCCCCCGUCAACUUUACGGUGGGCCAUUUCCACGAGAAUAGUCGUGAUACGAUAAUGGCAUGUCUUCAUAGGAAUGGGACGGCAUGGUGAAGAUCAUUUUCAACCGCAAAAACAAAACCCUCCGCGCGAGCUUUUGCACCAAGCCGGUGCUCAAGGUCCUCGAAGACAAUUACAAAACGUACUGCUCGCUCCACAACUUGGCCGUCGACCCUGCCUUCGACAUCAAGCAGCUCGUCGAAGAUGUGCUCGUUGAAACCAAGUUUUCGGAUCAACGUGGCAGCAAAAUGGACCUCGACGACUUUCUCGUGCUCCUCAACGCGUUCAACUCGCGACAAGUUCACUUUUCCUGAAUAUGGGAGACACUUUCGAUUUCACCCGUUGACCUGAUCAGCUACGCACUCGUCUGCAUCCUACCGCGACGCAUGACUACUGCCAAAGCUUUUUGUGCGACCGUCGUACGUGCACGAUUUGUCCAGAGCGUAGUGCGACACUUCUGCUUGAUAGCACGCAAUAGACAUCGAAACAGCUGACCGGGUGCGUAUCGGGGUGUAGCUGACGACGACAGAUCUGUCGCCCAAGGCGAAUAGGAGAAUCCCAAAUGUGGCCAUGCAUGUACCUCGGAACAGGUAGUCCAGUAGGGAUGUACUGAUGCGACCAGUAAACAUUUGGCUCCCCCAAGCUGUAGAAGGAAUGCGCGGAGGCCACUGGGUGCGAACGGUUCGUUUCGCGGUCCUGGCGAAAGAUACAAAUUUGGCGAAUGGGAGAGGAACGAAGGUCACUCUCCCAAACUUCCGAGGACUGCUACCAUCGCUGUCAUGACGCAUGGAAAGCAUUCGUUUUCGUCCGUGUCGACUGAUGGGAUAUCGUCCCGAACGCGCGUCGCGGAUGUCCCACACGAUGCUUCUUCGACUGUCGGUGCCGAGGGGUU